AUGUCCUACCAAUGGUUCCCUGCUACCCAGAAAAAUAACUUCACUACUAUACAUGUGCUUUACAACUGCAGUUCUAUCAUUCUAAAACUAAAAUCCCCUCCGAAUUCUCUGAAAAUUGAAUAUAAAGAUGUUGCUGGGUCUACACUUGUGGAAUAUGAGCGGAAUGAGAAGACAGUGGAGGAUAUCUUUUUCAAUGUGUUAAUCGAUGAUUUGAAGUUAUUGGUGAAAAAUCAAAAGAGUUGUUUGUUGAGUCUAGUGGUGAAGUCCAACAACUAUUUUGAUGUGGAUGAAGGAUACAAUGAGUCGCGGUUAGAUCCAGUUAUAAGUCGGAUUAUUGAUUGCCUGGCUGCAUCGCUGAGAGAACGAGAACAAAAAUUGAAAAUAUAUCUUGUGGUUCUGGAGACGGUUGAUAUAAGGCAAGCAGCUACAAUUCUAAAUUUACUGGAUUUGUCUGCUCUAAAAUUUAUCGAGAUUGCGUUUGGACAUCGGGAGGGAAGUGUUGAAAUAUCUGGAAUUCUAGAGGUUAUUCAAGAAUGGACAAAUGGGCGAAAAAAUCUGGAGUUGCAUUUUUGGUUGUAUGAUUUGUCAGCAGAGAACUUGGAUGUAAUUGAAAAAAUACUCCUCAGAUCCACGUCAUUCUACAGAAUAGAAGUCUACUAUAAAAGUUGUGGAACAAAUCUCAAAAACUAUUUCAAAUUGCCAUUUCAAGAAUUAAAUCAAUCAGUUUUCAAGAAUAUUACAUUUAUGUUCAAAGUAGAAGACCCAGAGUCCACUGUACAGGAACCUCCCAUUGAAAACAAAGAAUCAUUUUUGGUUCUGGAGAAUCCGCUGAUUAUGAAAAAUGUUCUGGAGUAUUUGGAGUGUUUUGAAAUCCAAAGACUACUCAAAACCUCAUAUGGUAUUCGAGAUUGUGUAGAUCAGCUCAAACCAUGCCCACGGAUUUCAAAAUACUCGAUUUCGUUGGAAAGUGACAGAAGCGUUCAAACUACUAUCACCCUGAACAGCGGAAGAUACAAAAAAGUUCGAUAUGAAAAAUACCGAGAUUGGGAUGGGAAUUGUGGAGUUCAUUGCGGCAAAAAGUAUAUGGAAGGGGAAAAUUUAUGGGCGGUUGUUGGCAACGACUUCAAUUUGGUUAUGAAAAAUCAAAAUGAUCGUAUUGAAGAGCUUGUUUUGGAUUUCUCGUUUCCUCAUUCAUUUCGUGAAAACUCGAGAAGGCCGAGUUUAGAGUACAGAGAGAUAUCUGAGCUCACUUUGGAGUUCUUGAGUGUUCUGGAGCUCCCUUUUACAUCUAGAGAGCCUCUAAAGGUGAAGAAAUUGAUUAUUGGAAGUGUGGAGCAGCGAGAUGUGAUCAGAGUGUUACCGUACCUGUGCAAUUUGGAAAUUCUAGACAUCAGAUAUCCAUACAAGAAAGUUAUUGAGAAGCUUCUGGAGGUGGAUGAGCUCUCCAUGCUGUCACAGUGGAAGAAUGCCAAUGAACUUAUUGUUAACACCAUCCAGAUUUCUACACCAAUUCAAGAAAUGGGAAUAGUUCACUCCGCCCGUGUGGAUAUUCUGAUUCCCUCUAUUUCAUCAGAUGAGAUUUUUUAUUUGAAAACUGUAAGUGCUCUCGAUGACGGUCUGACCACAACUUUUCCUUCAUAA